CCACAAUUCAUUCCUCAAAUCUCUCCAUAAUCAAAUCUCCGAUUCAGAGCUUUCUUCCCAGUUUCUCAAGAUGCAAAUAUUCGUUAAGACUCUCACCGGCAAGACUAUCACUCUCGAGGUCGAGAGCAGCGACACCAUCGACAACGUCAAGGCUAAGAUCCAAGAUAAGGAGGGUAUUCCCCCGGAUCAGCAGAGGUUGAUUUUCGCCGGCAAGCAGCUGGAAGACGGCAGGACCUUGGCCGACUACAACAUCCAGAAGGAGUCGACCCUUCACCUGGUUCUCCGUCUUCGUGGAGGCAUGCAGAUCUUCGUCAAGACCUUGACAGGAAAGACCAUAACUUUGGAAGUUGAGAGCUCCGAUACCAUUGAUAACGUCAAGGCGAAGAUCCAGGACAAAGAGGGGAUCCCACCAGAUCAGCAGAGGUUGAUCUUUAGAUCAGCAGAGGUUGAUCUUUGCUGGCAAGCAGUUGGAGGACGGCAGGACUUUGGCCGAUUACAAUAUCCAAAAGGAGUCCACCCUCCACCUGGUUCUCCGUCUUAGAGGUGGCAUGCAGAUCUUUGUGAAGACGUUGACUGGCAAAACCAUUACUCUUGAAGUAGAGAGCAGUGACACAAUCGACAAUGUCAAGGCUAAGAUCCAGGAUAAGGAAGGGAUCCCUCCAGAUCAGCAGAGGAUCAUAUUUGCUGGCAAGCAGCUUGAGGAUGGAAGGACAUUGGCCGACUACAACAUCCAGAAAGAGUCCACCCUCCAUCUUGUGCUCCGUUUGAGAGGUGGUAUGCAGAUCUUUGUUAAGACAUUGACUGGGAAGACCAUCACUCUCGAGGUUGAGAGCUCCGACACCAUUGACAAUGUCAAGGUAAAGAUCCAGGACAAGGAAGGGAUUCCCCCAGAUCAGCAGAGGUUUAUCAAGAUUCAUGAAUCUACACAACCAGUUCACAUCCUUGUUCAUAAUAAUCAAAAUAGAGAUCAAUCACAAUUGAUUCAAAUACGAUCAACGCUGAUUCCCG